GAAGCAGCAUCAUGUGUCUGUCAGUUGUAAUUGUGAGUUGCAAGGGAAGACGUUUCUGUGUUCCGCCAGAGCAAAUAGACUAUAAAGAUUUAUAAUGGAUUUCAAGAUCGUGGUCGCCAUCGCUUCCGUGUUUUGUCUGAUCGGGAGUACUACCCAUGCCCUGCGGUGUUCCCCCUGCCAGAAAGACGAGUCUCGGUGCCCAAGAGGCAACUUGACAGAAUCUGACUGCCCUUACGGGGUCACUACAGACAUUUGCAAUUGCUGUGAUGUUUGCGCCAAGGGUCCCGGAGAGGCUUGUGGGGGUCUUUGGAACCAACUCGGCAAAUGUGGACCUGAAUACACCUGCGUUCCCGUCGAAGGAGGCGACGCGCAGGAACCUUUCUUCGAUGGAAAAUGCGAGUAGAACGUUUUGAAAUGAAUGUCGUCCGUGUUGGCCUACAUAGGGCGUUGCUAAGUCUAGUAAGCCAUAAGCUACAAGUGGCAUUACUGGAUCUAUGUUAGUCUAUAAGUCUAUGUAUACAAAAAAAAAAAAAGUUUAGUCUCAGUUCUUACGAUGUAUUUUUGCGGUAGAUCCUUGUUUCUGAGUGAUAUAAACCUUCAUUUGAAAUACAUUUAAGUACACAUUUAUUUGUUUACAAUAAAAAUAAAAAUAAAAACCCAAUUAAAGAUGUUAA